AUGCUCAGCUCUACGCGAGUCUCUAGUUUGCUCAAAGUCUUGGUAGCACUAGCCAUGUUCUUUGGGUCUAUAUCGUAUCUCGGCCUAUCCACAUCAGAUUAUAGACGGGUGCUCCAGACAUUCAAGGGCGAAAAGGCACGCUUUGUUGACGACUUCCUCCAAGAUGAUGUCGGAGGACCCAUAGAUGGCAGCGCAAUCAGUGCUUUAUGUGCUAACACAACAUGGACGAAGGGACUUCUGUUUCAAUGUGAACCUCCACCAGGGGGAAUAGGCGAAGUGAGAAAUGCUCAUCUCAACUGUAUAAGAUUUGCUAUGGAAGCAGGAGCUGAACUCAUUAUCCCCGAGAUCAUCAAGCGUAGCGACAAGGACAUUUCCAUCGUCGUGCCAGACACAAAGGGAAUUCCGCGGGGUAUACUCUUCGACUUUUUCUAUGACAAGCAAUACUUUAACCGGACGCUGUCAAGAAUUUGCCCACAGAUGAAGCUGAGGUGGUCUUUAGACGAACUUUACAACAUCCCGAUGGGUAAUCCAGUCACCAUUUCCGUCUCAGACAUUGGAAUGACCCAGGUAAAUGGGUCGCUAAUGGAGUUUCCCCAAAUCUGGAUUACGAAAUUUAGAGAAUUUAUCGAUGCGAAAUCCAACCCCAGAACACGAACAUGGCCAUUCAAAGUUAUUGUUGGUAGAAACACUUACGUUUGGCCUACAUCAUAUGACCCUCCAGGCUUCGUCGCGAAUUUCGGACGCAUAUUGCGGUUCCGACAUGACGUUAGACAACUUGCUGCAUCAGCGCUCUACUCCAUGGAAAGAAAAUGGGCCAAGACGCCACGACCAGAUCAAAAGCCGCAACCCAAAGAUUACCAUGGGUUCGUGGGCCUUCACCUGCGGACGGAGAAGGACGUCUGGGGUACCGAUUUCCCUGUUUACGAGGAACAAGCGGCGUAUUAUCUGGACUAUGUCAUUCAAUCGCCGUAUCGGAUCGCCUAUCUAGCAUCAGGGGCAACACCGGAGAACAUUACGGCAUUUACAGAGCGUGCGCGCGAGUUCAACAUCACCGUUCUCACUAAGAGAGAUCUUCUCGAGGCCGAUGAGCUUUCAUACCUGGACAGCCUGAGUUGGGACCAGCAGGCCUUGGUUGACUUUGAGCUGCUUCUCAAAGCUGACCUGAUGGCAGGGGUUAGCGCGAGUAGUUUUGCUUGGAACGUUGCGUUGAGGAGAGCAGCAGCGCAAGGCUAUGUCGGUGGCCAUGCGCCUUUCUCCAACUCGUCAGAGCAUAUUCGAUGGCAGGAUGAUAUGUCCGUGAUCAUGGGCAAGGACGAUACCAAGAACAUGGACAUGCAGUCAGGUAUUUGGCCUUGA